GUUGUGAUAAACUUAUUAAAUAGAUACGGUGCAAUGUCUGACCAUCAGCAACGAAAUCAGAGGUCAAAGGGGGGAGAAAUGGAGCUGGAGGAGGCGGUAGAGAAAGUUCUGCACUGUCUUGCACCAGCAGAUCCCUCUCUAAUGCGACAGACCUCCUCGUCGUCAGGCGUAUUUGACUCUAGUCUGCUAAGUGGUGUACCUGUGGGUGAUGGAAACAUGAAUGACGUCAUAGGAUCUAGUGGCACCAGUCUGGCCCAGAGUGCCUUGCAUAACUCAAUCAACAAUUACGAAUCGCUUGUAGGCUCCCCGCAGAAGCUUACUACGCUGCAGCCGAUGGGCUUUGAACAUGGUGAUGACUCAAUGUUAGACGAAAACCUGGAAGGUGGUCUGAAUGACAGCAUCGAUGAGUCAGAGUUGAUCCAGUGGUGUAUGGAGGGCGAGGAUGAAGAUGAAGAGGAUCUUGAGGGAAGUUUCAUGGAGGAAGACCAACAACAAGAUAUCAAUAUGUAUCAAUCUGCAGAAUCAAAUGUCCAGUCAACAUCCGCUCAAGGAUCAUAUCAGAUGCAAACUCAGCCUAUAAUAUAUUCAGACUCAGCUUCAAAUGGCCAAUCGGCGUCUAGGCACGAGUCAUAUCAACAUCCAGGAAAACAAGUGCAAGUUGAUCAUGAUCCAGAACGGUACAUCGAGUGUGAUUCCGGGAUGAGAAUUGAUCGCCAACUUCUGGAGAACUUAGUAACUGGCAAAUCCGUUCCAGACGUCACUCAGUUCUUAGUGGCUCCUCCUCCUUCCAAACCAGAGCCAGAUGAGCAGGAUCCCAGUGACAGUCUCGGAUUCCACUCAUGGCAGCAAGAGGACGAAGUGGAUGAGCCGACUGAAACCAAGUUCAAUCGGAAGAGCACCGUGAUGUCUGGCAAAGGAGGGGGCAUUGGAAGGAACGUGAAGAAGGGGCUGCAAGGGUUGCCGGAACACUUGAAGGGGUUGCUAGGUCAAGCGAAUCUGUUCCGAGCUCGAGGGAACGACGAAGAAGCUCUAAAACUGGGGCUGGAAAUUAUCAGGCAAUGUCCGAACGUGACAGAGCCCUACUUCACAGUAGCUGCAAUCUACGAAGCCAAUGGAGACGAAGAAAAAGCCAUGCAGUUCUACACAAUCGCCACUCAUUUGGGAAAUACAGAUGUAUUGGUUUAUGAAAAGUUAAUCGAUUAUAACCUGAGAAAGCUGUCCAAGUAUGAGGAAAGAUCGGAAGUUUGGCUUGAAGUUCUUUCAGAGAUUGUUCGCUGCUGCUCUAAAGCUAUAGUAGACUGCACUCGAGCACUGGCUUUUGACCCGACGCUUCAGGAAUCUCUCGACAGAUUUGCUCUCAUAAGAUUACAAUGUCAGCAGAAAUUGAUCGAAUCAGGUCAAGAUAAGUCGGCUAUGAAACGCUAUCUGCUUAUUGUCAAAGACAGAAUAGACAGCGAAAGCUACAGUGAGAUGGCCCAUGAGGUUGUUCAAGGUUUCUUCCAAUGUAAAGAGUCUAUGAGGUCUCUGGAAGUUCUGGAAAAUCUGCGUGUUUUUCACCCCGCUUAUUGUGACAUAGGUGACUUGAAUAUUCUUUUGGAGCUUCUGAUUGCGGCUAAAAUGUAUGGACGUUGUGUGGUGGUUGUGUGCAGAAUGUUUUCAGUGCAAUUGACCACUGUUGAGUCGAAUGUAGAGGCCAAUGAAAAUACAGCGAAUAGCUACUUGGAACUUGAAGAGUUGGACAAAAAGGAGUUCGUUGGUUUGAAGUUAAAGAUAGCCGACAUUCCUCUUCCCAAGUUCAAGUCUAUUUUCAUUCCUGAAGAUAUUCAUAUUGACAUAGAAGUGAAAUUGGCGGUUGCAUUGAUACAUACAGAGAAUGAGCACAUGAUCAGUGGGAUUGUGGAGGAGCUGUUUGGCCAGGAGAAUCUAGAAGACAUCCUGGAUAUGUUCAUGGAUUUGUGCGAGGCUCUGAGAGAGAAGGACAAGUGGGCGGAGGAGUUCGCCAUUUGGAACAGACUCGCACAGCUGCCCACUUUCAUCAAUUCCACGGAUGUGUUGUUCAAACUGAGUGAGUGUUACCACCACCUGGGGGACACACGGACAGCAAUCGACAUGUAUGAGAGGGUGCUGCACAUUGACCACAACCACGUCAAGUCCCGCCUCAACUUGGCCACAUACUACAAAGAUAAUGUCUACGACUCCGCAAGGGCACUUCAAUAUCUGCAGGUUCCUGAUUCAUGCUCUGAUGUGGUGAAAACAGACGAGAGAAUAGUGAGCAUGCGGCUAGAAAUUCAAGAGGCCAGUUCAGAGGAACACUUCUUCCGCACUGUGUAUGAUAUCUUCACCUACGUCUUCUCAACUACGCGUUAUAGCAAGGCGGCUGUAUCACCAAGUAAGAAUAACAGAUCAUCUCCUACCAAGUCCAGUGGCCAAUUGUACGAAGAUGACACAGAGGAUGACGCCCAGGUUGAUCAGAUGAAUGAGGAAGACGACAUUUCACCGUUCGAACGCCGUCGCAUGAUCAAACUGAAGGUAAGAAGUGUUCACGAGCAAGCUAGGAAGCGACUGAACGUGAGCUGGGAUAAAUUCGCCAAAGCAGUUGUGAUCGGACUAAAAUUGGGGUGGAAGAGAGACGUGCUUUAUUUAGUAGUGACAGCUGCCAGUUUCAAUGCUUACCAGCACAGGUUCAGAGACAUCCAGCUGUUCGCAUGUAGAUUGGGCAUCGAGAUGAAAAUGGGAAGGAGUGUCUAUUACUGUGCAAAGACUCUGUUGCAAGUGACCCAGUGCGUAUCCACACAGACGUGGGGACUUUUCAACAUAGUGGGAGGUCUUUUGGGCGACAGCAGACCCCACAAGUUCCUAGUGCACAUGUACAAAACGAGUAACAAGAUCAACAAUUUCUACAAAUCCCUCUUCCUAGCAUUGAGUUCCCUCGAAAGUGGAAGCUACAAAAUCGCACUGGCUGAACUGAGUCUGCAUUUUACAGAACAAGAACAAAACCCCUUGUAUAAUUUCCUCCUCGGCAUUCUCUAUCUUCAUAGCGGGUCUCAGAGGUUUUCAAAGCAGAAAGGGACUUUGUUCACGCUGAGUAUAUUUUUCCUGAAGAGAUAUCACGCCCUACGCAACAACCCACAGGAGUCUUUUUACAACAUCGGAAGGGCAUUUCAUCAGAUUGAACUUUAUCCGCAAGCCAUUGAUUACUACAAAAAGAGUCUGUCAUGUAAACCAUUGGAAGCUGAAAAUUCCUCCAAAGCUUAUUCGACGGAAAUGUACACAGCUCAUAAUUUAUCGCGCAUUUAUUUAAAUUCGGGAGCCAAAGUGCCAGCCAUGAAACUACUGAAACAAUACGCGCUGUGAUUUAUGAGCUUCAGAAUGUUGAUCUACGCGAGCUGAUGUCGGUCGAUGAUGCAAAGUCAAGCAACAGUUGGUGACAUGAGUUGAGUAACCGAGAAAAAAAAAACGUGAACAUUGUUUCGAGAUUCCGAUCCGCUUUUGUUUUUUCUUUUCGAACAGAUCUUGACUAUGAUUUUGUUUUUCAUAAAAUGUCCAAUUACGUUUUGUUCAAAUCGAGUUUGUGAGAAACAUGCGUUUUACUUGAUUGAAUCUGUUUAGCUUAAUUUAGAGAUAUUGGGAGUUAUCGGUGGUAUCUAAACGAGCCAAAGUAUAAACCAGCUACCAGCGGAAAAAAGUAACUGUUGCAAUAAUUGUGUAACAGUUACGACAGUCUUUCAACUUUCGU